AGCUAAUGCUCCCCACGUUCUAAUUGCAUCAUCUUCAUCUUCAUCUCCUUUUUCCAUUAUCGUUUUCAUGAUGGUUCAAGCUUCAGAGGAUAACAAGGGUUCAAAGUCUCGUUCACCCACUAAUGAAGAAACCAUUGAACAUCUCAUAAAAAGUAUGGAGCUGAUGAAGGAGAAAUUUUCUAAGCUUCUAUUAGGAGAAGAUAUGUCUGGUGGAGGAAAGGGUGUUUCAUCAGCCUUGGCAUUAUCAAAUGCAAUAACGAAUCUUGCAGCCUCUGUUUUCGGAGAACAGAGGCGUUUAGAGCCAAUGGCGGCCGAUACCAAAGCAAGAUGGAGAAAAGAGAUCGAUUGGCUAUUGUCUGUAACAGAUCAAGUUGUUGAGAUGGUUCCAAGCAGACAGAUUGGUAAAGAUGGGACUAAUAUGGAGAUCAUGACGACGAGAAAAAGAAAGGAUCUUCUCGUUAACAUCCCUGCGCUACGCAAGCUGGACGCUAUGCUUAUUGACUGUUUGGAUAAUUUCAAGGAUCAAAACGAAUUCACUUAUGUAUCGAAAGAUUCAGACGACAGCAAGAGGAAAGUUGAUAAAUGGUGGAUACCGACACCCAAGGUUCCGCCAAACGGGUUGCCUGAUGUUACGAGAAAAUGGCUUUUGUACCAGAAGGAUUCGGUUAACCAAGCACUGAAAGCAGCCAUGGCAAUCAAUGCUCAAGUUAUAUCAGAAAUGGAGAUACCAGAAAACUACCUUGAUUCUCUCCCAAAGAAUGGAAGAUCAAGCCUGGGAGAAUCUAUCUAUAAGAGUAUAACGGUUGAUUCCUUCGACCCUGAUAAUCUUCUUUCAACGAUGGACUUGUCAGCAGAUCAUAAGAUACUCGACCUCAAGAACAGGAUAGAAGCAUCCAUAAUAAUAUGGAAAAGAAAGAUGAAUGCUAAAGAAGGAAAGUCUGGGUGGGGUUCGGCCGUAAGUUUGGAGAAGCGAGAACUCUUUGAAGAACGAGCUGAAACGAUCUUGCUCAUUAUCAAACACAGGUUUCCCGGAGUUGCACAGUCUGCGUUAGAAGUCAGCAAGAUCCAGUACAAUAAGGAUGUGGGACAAUCAAUUCUUGAAAGCUAUUCUAGAAUAAUAGAGAGUCUGGCCUUCACGGUUUUGUCAAGGAUAGAAGAUGUUCUUCACGCUGAUUCAGUCGCAAGAGACCCAUCAGUCGGGGAGAAAAAGAGGGCGACAAUUCCUCAUGCAAAAGGAUUGAGCAAAUUUCCAAAUGCUAAAGAGGAAUUAGAAAAGCUCAAUAUGAUGGCUACUCCAAAAUCCAUGACACUUGUAGAGUUUGCAGAUUGGCAAGAGAAUAAAGGAAGUCUAGGAGACAGAGUCGACUUAACCGAUGAAGUCAAGUUGAUGGUCAAAUUGGCUAAUAUCGACACAAACCGGAGAUUCUCCUAUGCAGAAAAUUUGGGCGUCUUGAGAAGCCCAACCGCACGCCAUUGACAUAAUAACCAGUUAACAGAAACUAAAAGCGAAUGAAACCAUCAAGAAACUGGCCGCUAGGAUGGACUUGAUUUUGAUUUUCAGACUGACCCAUAGAUAAUUUAUACAUCAAUCAAAAUUUCCUGUA